AGAAUUUGGAGCGUGGUCUGUAAGAUUUUGCAAAGAAAUUCUUCUUGCACUAGGACGUGUUUCAAAUAGGCAUGAGUGGCAGGAUCUACUGCGGGAGACUGCCUCCCAAUGCUUCAGAAAAGGAUUUAGAGUCUCUGCUGAAAUCCUUCGGCAAAAUUCGUGACAUUGAUUUCAAGGAGGGAUAUGCUUACGCCGUUUUCAAAGACUACAACGAUGCUGACAGAGCUGUACAAGAACUCAACGGAAAAGAGUUUAUGGGCCAGAAUAUUCUCGUCGAAAGAGCUAAAGAUAUUAGAAAUGGUGUCGGGGGCUAUACCAUAGCCGGCGGAUACACUGCAAGGGUUCGCCAGCCUAAACCACCCCCAGUGCGGACUAACUUUAGAAUCCGCGUCGAAAACCUUCCGGCGAGAGCCAAAUGGUCUGAGCUCAAAGAGUUUAUGAGCGUAGCGGGAGAUGUUACUUUCGCAGAUACGCACAGAAGAAGGCCAGGCGAAGGAGUCGUUGAAUUUUCAAACAAGGAGGACAUGAUCAACGCGUUAGAGUCGCUUGACAAGCAAGAGUUCUUGGGAAAGAAAAUUAGACUUGUCGAAGAAACUCCUCGUUCCACAAGAGAACGGUCUCUCUCAAGAUCAAGGUCUCUGUCGCCACCUCCGAAGAGAAAAAGACAUUCUUCGUCGCCUUCUUUGUCUCACUCAAAAUUGCGUCGGUCACAUUCACGUGAUAAGUCACAGUCGCCCGAAAGAAGCAGUAAAAAGCAUUCACAUUCUGCAUCGCCUACUCGUCCAAGUCGUCGUCGAUCAAGAUCACGAUCUUCAUCAAAUCACAAGUCAAAGUCUCAUUCUUCUCGGAGAAGAAGAUCACAUUCCAAGUCUCCUAAACGAUCUCGUCAUAAGUCCAGAUCCAGAUCAAGCUCUAAGUCGAAAAGCAAGUCAGAAAGACAUUCCUCGUCAAAAGAUAAAUCACGGAAGAAGAAGAAACAUAAAUCAAGGUCUCACUCACGGUCAGAGUCACCGAGAAGACGGAGAUGAUGACAGAAGACUAUGAUAGAGACAGACAGCUAUGUUUUGAAGAUGGUAGUAUACAUGUACUACAUGCACUUGAUCACAUUUCUGUUAUUUUUUUCUGUACAUGCAAAGUGCUAUGGAAAUUCUGUUAGGAACAGACAUAGUUUUAGACAUUUUUUACCAACAGGGUUUCCUGGAUGUAAUAUAACCACUUAAAUAUUAAGACCAUUAUUGUACUGUAUUUUCAUGUUCCUUUAGAUAUUACUGAGUUUGACUUUUCACUUGAUAACAGUAAAUUGGCUGCACUAAGCAAGUUUAAUCCUUUAGCUCCCAUGAGUGACCAAGACAGAAUUUCUCCCUACAAUAUCAGUACAGUAUCAAGCAAACAGGUGAGGAGAAUAAAGUUGAAAACUCAACUAGGGGACUACAAGUUGAUUCAAUACCAAAUUCUCCAAACUGACAUCAUGAGUAUUUAAUGACAGACAGUAGGAGGAAUUACUAAUGAGAUCUUGGGAGUGAAAGGGUUAAAUGCAAAGAAUACUGCAAGAAAAAGGUGACAGUUUAUCUCAUUUAGUGAAUAUUUACUAUCGUGUAGCACGUAAAUGUUGUGGGAGUUUUAUUUUGCAGAAUGACCAUUUGUUUGAAUUGGAAUUUCAAGGAGGAUCUAGUUUGUGCAGUUCUUAGUUAACAAAGGUAACAUCAAUAAAGAAAGAAAAGUUAUACUGUUAUAUGAAAUUUCUAAUUUGUCAAGUUGUGCAAAGUGGAGCUAUAUAAGAUAUGAUUUAUAAAUGGAUAUUUUGUGCAAAUCCAACUUCAAAUUGUAGAAAUUUAGAUAUUUUUACUCCAUUCAGUUUGAGUGAAAGAAAGUUUUAUUUUGUCUGAUUUUUUCAUCAAAUAUAAAAAUCUAGAACCCUUAAAAUUUUUGUGCAGCAUUGAAGUUUUGUCUUGUUUCUAACCAGUAGAAACUGGUCUUUUUUUUACAGUGAAUGACAAUAAUGAGAAUGCAUAUUUACAACAAGUUGUGAGAUUUCAAUUCAUGUAUGUGUUUCAUGUAUCUCAGCAUUCACAUGUCGAAGGCUUUAGUUUUCUCCACAUUAUAGGAUAAAAAGCUCGUUUUUGGAGUUACACAUACACUAUACUUGUUCUUUGGUUUGCAAUUAAUGUGUAAAUUACAUUCACCAUACUUGUGUACACUUAUUUUUGAAGUAUGUCACUUUGCUUUGCUAGUAAUAGUAGGGUGUAUGUGUCCUUACCAGAAUCACAGUUCCUUGAGUGGGGAAUACUGUAAUGCAGUGCACUCUUUAUGUGCACUAAUUACAUCCUUGUAGUAAUCAAAACUCAUUCAAUAGUGGUAAACGACAGCAUAUGCUCAAAUUUUAUUUUGUUUUAUUGGAGUUUCUCUUGUUAACAAAGUGAGUUUUUCCCUUUCAUGUGUUUAAAGGAUGGUGUGACUUUUCAUUAAAAGGUCAUAAGGUAUGUUUUACUGAAAAAGAAAAAAAAAAAAGAUUUUUAAGUGAACUUUCUUGAUUCUGGCAAGUUUUUACAUGUGCUAGUUAAAAGUUUCCAUGGACAAAAGAUUGUGUUAUACAUGGAAUAAGGUUAUAUAUAUGUGAAAUGACUUGUACAGCUCUAGACAAUUUUUAAUGGAACAUAUUAGAGCAGAAUCCCUCUAUGAGGGCUGUACAUGACAGCCAGACCAAUGCUGGAAAAAACUGGACAUUCCAAGAUGGAAGAAAUGUAAAUAGAAGGAGAUGGAGCAGAAGUUGCAUAUUCUCCACACUUUUCUCUGCACAUCACAAUGGUAUUAACAAGAAGAAUUUGGUAAAGAAUCAAGAGCUUCAGUCUGUAGUUGGUGAUCAUUUCUUUUUUGUUCAUUAUUUAGUGGAGAUACUGUAAUGAGGAAUUAGAUACUUGUCUCUGUUAGGGGUUGAAAGGUGUAAAUGAGUUUGGUUGGGCCAGAUCUAGAUAAUAAAGUAUUUAGCACAAGGUCAUGGGAUGUGGAGCUCACUGUUCUGCCCAUGUGUCAUGACCUUGAGCCAAACAACUUCCCAUCUGGCUCUCCCACUCAGUUGAUAACUACAUAGCACUAUCAGACUUUCUGCCUCAGGGUAUAAUUCAAGGAAGUUUUGUUGAAUUGAUUAACAGUGAUCUUCAUGCAUGGCAAGCAAAAUAAGAAAGAAACUGUCUUCUUAGUAAAGAUAAAGUAGCAAUAAAAGUAAGAUAACUUUCAAACAUGUUAUUUGGAAAUUCCAGACAAACCCCAAUAAACUUGCAA